AAUAAAAUUAAAAUUAUUGUUCACAAUAUGUUUUUUUUUUUUAAUUUAAUAUCAAUAAAUAUAUAUUUUAAUUGGAAUAAAAUUUAAUGCAGAAAAAAGUGUAAAAGUAAACGUAUGUAUAUGGUGCAUGUAUAUUAAUGUUUGUGGUUACCGACCAAUAUAUUUUGAAACAUAUGAAAUUUAGUAAUGUUAGUCCAAGUUUUGCUAUCAAUAAGUACCAAGAAUUAUUUGUAAGCAGCUCGUACCCUAUAAAAUUUCAAAUAUAUCUUCAUAUAAACAUACACGAUACACUCAUGUAGCCCCCGCACCAAAGGACAAAAGUCAUGCAAGUGUUGUAGUGAAAACAGCGUUCUUGACUUGAACAAACUUCAAAGCAAGCAACGAUAAGCAUCGAGUUCUCACGAACUUUUAUUGCGAUGGACGAAUGUGGCUGGUCGCUGCACUAUUUCCAUGCCAUAUUAAUCUACCUACGGUACAAAACCUUAUUUUAUGGGAAUUGUUGCUUUUAUUAUUACUAUCGCUACUGUUGCUGGUAUUGUUGCAACUGCAUUUCUGAAGCCGUCAUUAUAGUAUAUAGUAUGUAGCUAUGUAACUCUAAUCCCGACUUGCCCUACAGAGAAGUGAGCAUCUUCACUAAAAGCAAAACUAGAAUGCGCAACCGCCGAUCGCCAAAAAUAUAUACAUAUAUACAUACAUACAUACAUACGUAUGUCUGUAUGUAUUUUUAUUUAUUUCUAUUCGAAAACUGUAGUUCAAGCUUUUUGUGUGUGUUUAUGUAUGCCAACUUUAAGCUGCAGUUAAUCUAAACUUGUGGAGGCGCUGAUGCAGCCGUCGCCAACUAAGUGGACAUCAGCAAAGAACUGCACAUGAAAAGCAGUCGACAUUUAAAGCAAUUAAUGCCAAUUUUCGAUUGGGAUUCAGUGUGUUUUUAUUCUUCAUUCAUUGUUUCGGCCGUUUAAAUCUGUUUCCGCAAAUUAGUGGGAAAAUCGGCUAUGAACAUUUACAUACAUACAUUAAAUGUAUUAAAAAAAGUAUGUAGGUAUUCUAUUUUGCUUAGCUGUGCACUUUAUGCAAAUUCACAGUUUUUAGUGAACCUAUAUACAUACAUAUAGUAUAUAGCCCCAUGGUCACCACAACUCGUUGGUCAAAUUCAAAAUAUCGCUAUCAAACCAAAUAUGAGAGAAAAGAUUCUUUCAGAAAUCAAACUCGACCGUCCAAAUAUAUUUGUGGCUUAAACCAGUAACCAAUAAUAAAUAAUAUGAGAAGACAAUAUGCCCGUCAAUAUAACAUUCAAUUUAUUGCUUUGCAUUAACAGUCUUCAAAAUUGCAUAUAAAAAUCUCGAUAUAUAUUUUCGUUCUAUUCUAACGUAAUAUAUUUUUGCAUUGAAAUAUGUUUUACAGAUAAUUUAAACUCUCAAUUGAGUUAGUGUCCAAGAAACAUUUUCAAUACAUGCAAUAAUGUAUCUAUGUACAUGUGUAUGUUUUGUUUUGAUAAAUAUACAUACAUACAGUACAUCAAGUGCACCGCGCCUUGUGCAGGCACUCAUUAUGUAAUGCCAAAGAAUAUACAUACAUACAUGGAUAUGUACAUAUGUAGAUACGCAUGCAGCUAAGCCACCAUGAAAAAUAUCUGCGCAAUCGCCGACAAUCUGCUCUGUCUGAGAUGUAACAAUCACGUCAUGUAUUCAGUAUCGGAGCCCAUAUGGAAUAGCCGGCAACCUCGUGGCAAGUGACAAGCCCAACAUAUAUACAUAUAACGAGGAGAAAAGAUAAAAAAAUAAAAACAAAACUCCUACACAUCUCGUGUUCACUUAUCCAUAAAUAUGUACAAAUGUUCCAAGCGCACCUGUAUACAUAUAUACGUAUGUAUGUGUACAUACAAGUGUAUGAAUGUUUGUACAAUUGUAGUAAGUUUUGUUUUCGGACGUGAGGUGUUUUGUAAUGGAAAACACUGACACGAAAAACUGACCGGAUCGUGGGAUUAUGCGGCUGAACGAUCGCAGCUAAGGUGGCUGUGACACAAGAUUGUCACCUUAAGUGGAUAUUCAUGACAAUAACUGUCACAAAUUUUUGAUGAGCAAAUGUUUCUGUAUGUAUGCGUUAGUGUAACAGAAAAUACUAGCCAAAGACUCGUUUGAAACUAUUUUGAUUAAUAUCCAAUGGACGUGUGCAUACAUAUGUAGAUCUAAAUUAUUUGUUGUUUGACCACGUUGAAUAUCCGAAACGAAAUAUCCAAUGUGCAGUCGCAUAAUUUGCCCUAUUUUUAAUAAAAAUAUACAAAACUUGCCCAGUUAAAUAAGUAAAUCCGUUACAAAAACACAUGAAUGCUCACAUUGUAUACCCCAGAAUCAACACGCAAUUUUUAUCUUGGUUUAUACCUACAAAUCAUACAAAAACCAGGAUUUCGUUGUAAAUUUUCAGUUAAAAGGCCGGGAACUCUAUUCAAGCUUAUGAGAAAACACGCACAAAUUUUCACACAAAAAAUAUAAAUAAAAAAUUAAAAACCAAAAAAAAAAAUUUGAAUCUUUAUAUUCUAAGCGAUUGCAAAAGCGCGCCAAAAUAAUUUAAUUGAACAACUGCCGUUUUUUGGGUGGUAGAAAAAACUGUGAACACAAAUCAAUAGGAAUUAUCUGCAAAACGGGAAGUUACUUCGUCUUUUGUUAAUUUGGUCUGUAGAUAAUGAGCAAUCAUCCUUUACCUUUUUUUUGCAUUUGCAUUAAUGCAAUCACUUCGCUUUUGAUAGGUGCUCUUAUAAUAGCAAUCACAGAUUGAGCGCAUUUUUUUCUCAGAUGUCCUGGGAAAAUCUUACCCUACCAAAAGAAAAAACCCAUACUACACCAAAAACAAAAAUGAUCAUACAUUUGUGUUUUUGCUAUUUUUUAUAUUUUCCUUCCGCCCUUCCGAGUUUUCUUCCGGGUGUCGCAAACAUACAUUUAUAUGUGUGUAUGUUAGUGCGUUUAUUUCCAAGCCGUGACGGUAGCAGUUUGGUACCAGAGCAAACACUCUCCCGAUAAAAAAAUUAAUAUGAGGACAAAAAUUUGCAUAAAAAAUGCCGUUACAAUACGCCAGCCCUUGGCUUACCUAAGGAUAACGUAAGGAGGACAAUAAGAAUGCACAGGACACGUAAUAAUUUUCGUAGCUCGUCACCAUCCCUCCAUCCCUCUUCCUUCUUGUUAUUCCUUCGCUCGUAAUCAUAUAUCCCGAAAAAAAUUCCGCGCGCGCAUACCCAUAAAAAAUCACACACAAAACUCUACAACCAGCCGGCUUCUAAAGUCUUCCCAUCAUCUUUAAACUCGCCUCGUGUGAUGCAGUGUGAGGGGUGAAAAACCUUUUCCACACCGUAAGAAUGCCCUCUCGUAUUUGUAAUUCUACGUGUGUUUUUCUUGAAGAUGUGGUAAAAAACCGCCACGUAAAAAACAUUGCUCAACAAAACAUUGCUCCAUGUGAUAAACAAGCAACGAAUUUUUCACGAGUUUUACACUUACAUAUAUAAAUGCUUACUUGGAGUGAAACAGUGCCAACGUACGUGGCAUGUAUGUAAGUGUGUGCGUACAUUAUAUUCUAACCCCGACAAUGCUGGGUAUGGAGAUAGUCGGUCGUCAGCCUGCAACCGGAUUUUUUAUCCUUGCGCAACACUCUGCAUUUGUAAGUACCCAUAUGUGUGUGUACCCAUAUUGGCCAUACCAGCGAACCGAUGCUGCUAAGUAUCACAAAAAUGAAAGGGAUAAUGAAAUAUGCUUUUGUUUGACGGAAUUUCAUACAGACAUUAGCAGCAUCCUUUUUCGCUUGUAGCUCAUGUCCACCGUGAACGUAGUCUUCAUGCCCAUGCAUGAUUUCCGCUUGUUCGUUAUUAAUUUCAAAUCUUAAUAAAAAAUCACGGACACAUUUUUUACCUCAAGUUAUUGGGAAGCGCAUGAACAAUCGGUAAGAAGGGAACCGAAAAUCGUUACGCGCAUGCGCGCAUGGUUGGGAUCAUAUUGCACAGUUUUUACAAGUCCAUAUUCACACUGAGAAUCCAAAACUAGGGUGUACUCAAUACAAGUUUGUGCGAAAGUGCAGUAAUGCCGCUAAAUUAAUUUAAAUCUAUUUUAUACACGUAUGUAGGUACAUACGUAUGUAUGAAUGAAGGCACGAAUGCACCACUCGCUGUCUGCUAGAUAAAUGGCAUCAAGCUACUUGAAACUAAGAAGUAUAUGUAUUUAUAUACAUAUGUAUGCAUGUAAGUUUUUUUUUUUUUCAUUUUCUAUAGUACGAGGUGUGUUCAAAAAGUAUCGCGAAUUUUGAAUUUUUGCGGGUUACGUAUAUUCGAAUUUCGAAUUUUUUGUGGCGUUAUGUUGGUACUCAUUCCUCUCACUUAUGCCGACAAGCUCGGCCAUUUUGAAUGUUCAUUUAAUUGUUGACAGCUGCUUUGCUUGCACGUGUUUUGGAUCGUCUUCGAUUUUUACCUAUCAAAAAAAUUGCACCACGAUAACGCCCCUGCUCACACAUCGUUGCUUGUGCGCGACUUUUUGGCCAAAAACAACACACUAAUGAUGCCGCAGCCACUGUAUUCCCCAGAUCUGGCCCCCUGUGACUUUUUCUUGUUCCCUAAACUGAAGAGGCCCAUGAAAGGACGACGUUACGCUUCUCUUGACGAGAUAAAGACGGCAUCGAAGGAGGAGCUGAAGAAGAUAAAAAAAAUGAUUUUUUGAAGUGCUUCGAAGAUUGGAAAAACCGUUGGCACAAAAUAGAUAUUCAUGAAUAAAUAAAUAAUUUUUGAAAAAACACAAAAUUCGCGAUACUUUUUGAACACACCUCGUACAUAUGUACAUCUUCCAAGAUACAAAGUUCUUAUGGCGCACUAUUGGACGAUUCAGACCUUUUAUUGUUGCUUUGAAAAAGUAUUUUCAGUAUACAUACUUGAUACCCGGAUUAACCCAAGCCGCCAAAAUUUAAAAACUGUUUGGAAAAAUGUAAAUAACUGAGACAAAGGACACUUUAAGGACAUUUCUGUAAGGUACCUGUAUAAGUAUAUUAAAUACAAUUACAAUAAACUAUUUAAUUCAGUCAAAAUAUUAUAUACAUAUGUACGACGAAAGCGUUAUUGCCCCUAUAAUAUUUUAAGGAAUCGUUUUUGAGGUUAAUUUUGAAUCUCGAAUAUGAUAAAAAAAAAAUGUUCCUUUAUCUUCUAUAUGACAGAUUCACUUUAAAAUUCGAAAGCAAAGAAGGUUUAUUAGUAUAAUUAGUAGAACGGAUCUUAAAUUAUAGACUAAAUAAAUAGACGCGCAUGCAUAAGUAUGUGUACACAUGUACAGACAUAUGUAUGUAUGUGAGCAAAAACUAUCCAAUAUUAACUAUUACAAUUUAUAAGCUGCACAUUCAAUGAUCAAAAUUAGAAUUGCUUGAUGUAGGAUACAUAUGGAUGGGCUUAUAUAUAAAUACACUGAUAUACUGUAUGCACUAUAUAUGUAUAAAUAUGUAUGUGCUCUCGCUUUCAUCGAACUCAGCGAUCUUUUUCACAAAUAAGCUUGACUUUUAUAAAGAGUUUCUCCGACUUCCUUGAGAAUUGUCGGUGUCGAUAUAGAAUACUUUUGAGCCGAACUUCUGACCACUCUUCGCUCAUCAUCCCUUAAUUCGUAGAUAUGACCGCAGCACACACAUGUAGACUAUGCAGGAUCGUAUCACAGAAAAGAGAUAGCCAGACUCACUCACCCCAGCAGGAUUCUUAUUUGGGCUAUGACGUUUUUUAUUCACUUUUUGUUCAAUACUCACCCUGAUGCAAAGGCACAGAAAUCCCUGUGUCACCGUCAGCAUUACUCUCAACUAGGUGAGCAUCUGGGGGACUAUGCGAGAGUGGACAUAGUCACUUACAAUCAGUUCACUUGAAGAUUCUGCGGAAUCAACAUGCUCGCGACUUUGCACAGCUAAUAUAAUAACUUUGAUACUACGCAGUUUUUUCAAAUCGAAACGCAUAGUGAGCUUUAUAAAUUUUGACAUUGACUUCAAAAUAAAUUCCUACAUUGAAAAAGUUGUGAAAAUAAGGAAUUUCCAAAAUACUAUUUGUGAAAGCCGCACAGUUUUCAAUUUUCAGACAAAAAUUGUGAUUUUUCAUUUGAGAAAACAACGAAUAGAAAUGUGAAACCUUCAAAAUUGCAAGGACAAUAAUAAUGAAGAAAGAUCAAAUAAUUCAAGAAGAAAAGAUGCUGUCAGUUAGUGAAGAUCACGGAUUUCGUUCGAUGAGUCACUCAGAUGCCAUGGAAACAGACCCUUCGGCACAGGAUAUGCUUACAUGUGGAUCCUGCCAAAAGACUUUUGCUCUUUCUGAUAUAGUUAAAUUUAUUCAACAUAAAGUGCUGCAAUGCAAUAAAGAGAACUAUGGACAGUGCUCGACUCAGGCUCCUUCGACCGAUAGGGAUACGGACGAUGGCCGACCUUUAAGUUUAGUCAACAGAAGACCCUCGAUAUCGGCGCCAAUAAUUAGUCGAAAAACUUCUGGAUCCGGAUCACGAAUACAUACGCCGCCUCCAAGCCCUGCGGAUCUUUUAGCUGAUGGCGCGUCCAGUACUCCUAAGCGCUUAGUGGACGAAAAUGAUAACACAACUCCCAGAAAUGAAGGGGCUGUGGAAAAGAGCGCAUCCUUGGAAAAUGCACACAAUAACUUAACCGAGUCGUAUGUAGGAAGUGAUGUAGUAAAAGCAAAUAAUAUUAGAAUAAAGCAGGAGCAAGAGCAAAGUGAUGAAGUGAACAUAAAUAUUGCAUUGCAUGCAAAUGAUUCCAACCAGGACAAUAACGAUGGGCAGCCGUUACCGAAACGCCCUAAAAUCGAAGUGGUUGACGCGGAAUCCAACACAUUACAUACAGAACCCAGCAAUUAUACAUGUUCCACAUGCAAGACUCGUUUCACUUCUGCUUGGCGCUUAAUUCAGCAUGUGCAGCAUUCACAUGAUGUUAAGAUAUAUGUAGAACUCCCCACCUCUCUAUCUCCGAAUUCCGAUUUAGUGUCGGAUCCUGCGUUGUCGAAUUUGCCGCUAUCAGCAUCUGUUCCUGUAUCGGCACAAACUAUAACCUCAGCGAAAUCACCUGCACAGCCCUUAUCGACUUUAUCCUCCGCCGCUUCUUCCUUAUAUCCGCCCAUCAGUCACCAAUCACACAAAACUGAUAACCCGAGUACAAACUGCAACAUUAGUAGCAAUAGUAGCGGCAAUGGAACUAACAACGCCUCUACCGGCAUACCAGCCCCUACUUGUAGUGGUCACUCAAAUUCUGUCCAACAGCAACAUCAACAAAUCCAGCAACAACUGCAACAGCAUCGAGCAGCAGUUGCUGCUGCGGCAGCGGUUGAACAACACAAGCAACAACAACAAAGCAAUCUUACAACAGCAAUGCAAAAUGCCCAAAACUUAGCGGUCGCUGCAGCUGCGGGCAUGCGGCAUCAUACGCUGUUGCCACCGCCUGACAUGCACGCAAAUCCUUUUAAUCUGCUGAGAAUGCCUUUACCACCUUCUUUGGCUCAAAACCCUGUAGUUCCUACUGUCACACCUCUAUUUUCGCGUCCCCAUCCCGACCAUUACAGAAUGGAACAAAUUGUAUCUGAGCAAUUUAGGCAUCAUGGCUUGAAUUUAGCAGCAGCUGCUGUAGCAGCAGCAAGUUCACUCUCCACCCCACACUCUGGAGUUUCUCAAUUUAGUCAAGGUACUAACGGAUCUUCGAACAACCCUAUGGAAUCACGACCUCCUUCAAACAGUAAUAGCCACCGUGGUUCAGCGCCGCCCACACCACUUCCACCUCCAACAAUAAUUCUUCCGCAACAGAAUACCGCCAACCAGGUGGGGUCUCAGACUGGCAUAAAUCUUGAGCCUCAGAUGGAUUUUUACUCGCAGCGAUUGCGUCAGCUUGCAGGAACAACAAGUCCUGGGGCUGGAAAUAUUGUUAACUCGAGCUCGCCGAGUCCACGACAAAAGCAAUCGCCUCAUUUUGCGAGUCCAUCACCAUCCCAGCUACCUCCUACUCCUGUGACAAACAAUACGAGACCACAUUCACUAACUCCUCCACAAAAGAGUGAUUCUAUGAAGCAGGAAAUCGAAAACAUCAAUUCUACGCCUCGAUCAGCUUCUACACCGCCUUCAAAGCCCAGCCAAGAGAAUACUGCUGUAUUUGCUUGUGCGUACUGUGAAAAGAAAUUUAGAUUUGAAAAUAACUUGAUAAUUCAUCAGAGAAUACACACCGGAGAAAAGCCAUACAAAUGCACAGCCUGCGAAUUUGAGUGUUCCCAUAUCAAUAAACUGAUGAAGCAUAUGAGAAUACAUCGUGGCCCAGAAGAUGGCACAAGUAAUGCUGGCUCUAUAGGUUCGAACGAUGCUGGAGAUUCAGAAGCUGACGCCGAUGCUGACGGAGAGGCUGAAGGCGAAGGAGAAACGGAAAUCGAUGGGGAGGAAGAAAACAUUGACGAGGACGGUUUAGAAGAUGACGAGGAGGACGAUAUCGAAGAUGGAGAAGAUAUCGAUUAUGAAGCGGAAGACCUAAGCGUUAGUAAUAGGAUCGAUAUACAAAGUGAAAGUCCAAAAACUACAAGUACUGGUCCUACAUCGCUGGUAGGUGAACUAAUGGACAAAUUUGGUUUGUCCAAUAUAGCACAAUACUCCGAAGCAUACAAGCAAGCAUUGCAGGAGUCUGGAAAAUUCAAAUAUUUAACAAAUAAGGAUAGAGACAAUAACAACUCAAGUAAUUCAGCAAUAUCGCACGUAUCUGAUAAAUUGAAUGGCUUCCCAACUGCAUUACGCCUCCGGGAUGAGCUAUCUAAGAACAUUUUUCAGCAAUCACCUCAAUCUGAUGGCCAGAAUCAAGUACCCCUAUUCAACCCAUUUCAAAACCCAUUCGAACUAUCUAAACGAGUUAAAAUGGAUGGCAAUGACUGGUGGAAUAUGUCAGCUCUGCAUCGGAAUGAUUCGAUUUUCGAGAAUCUCAAAAUGAAACCAUUGGGUCUUGGCACUGCUAACUCAAUGCUUCACAAUCAAAUGUUAAAAAAAGAUAAUCGGCAACGUAAUGACACUUGUGAAUUCUGUGGUAAAGUUUUUAAAAACUGCUCUAACCUCACCGUUCACCGCCGAAGUCAUACGGGAGAAAAACCAUACAAGUGUGAAUUGUGUUCCUAUGCCUGCGCGCAAAGUUCAAAAUUAACCCGCCACAUGAAAACGCAUGGACGCACUGGUAAAGACGUUUACCGUUGUCGUUUCUGUGAUAUGCCUUUUAGUGUUCCGUCAACACUGGAAAAGCACAUGCGCAAAUGUGUUGUCAAUCAGGGUAAAGCAGCAGCAGCCGCAGCAAACGCUGCAAACGCUGUGGCAGCAGCACAAGCGGCAGCUGCGGCUCAACAUCUCCAAUCACAAUUACCAGCGCAAUUAUCACCUGCAAGCUCACUCUCAUCCUUUCCAUCCCAAUACGUUGGCAUCACUGGCAGCAAUACUGGCAACAAUAUCUCACUGCCCGGUAGUAUUAGUGGCGAUAACGAUACCAAUCUGCCCACAAAUCUACCAACACAUCAUAUCUCAUUAAAGGAAGAGGCAUGACUUUUUCCUCCUUGGAUUGGGAACACAAGCAGCGGUCCGGAUAACUCUAUAAAUUAUAGUCCUCAUCGCCAGCACAUACCAUCACGAUUAUUGCCACCCCUGCCACCACCACAUCAGCAUCAACAUCUUCCAUUCGAUUCCCACCUU